AUGUCUUACACCCUCUACGGCUUCGAACAAAACACCCGUACCCGGGUGUGCCAAAUCACCGCCAAGUAUGAGGAUGUUGACGUCAAAAUCAGCAAGGUUCACCCUUACGAGAAAGAUGCUGGAUUUGAGCCCUACGUUGCCAAAUUCCCUCACGCCCAAGGCAAGAUCCCAGCUUUGGAAGGUCCAGGUGUAACGAUCACAGAAUGCGUGGCCAUUUGCCAUUACCUUGCUUCCAUCGCCAACAAGUCCAACUUGCUCGGUAGCUCCAAAGAAGAAGCCGCUGAAGUGCUCCAGUGGAUGGUGUACCUCAACUCGGAACUCUGUCCCGCCUUAUCUGAACAGUUCCUUUUCCUGCCGCCGGCCAACCGUCCUUACAACAAAGCCAACGUUGCCGCUGCCGAGAAGAAAGGGAACGCUAUGCUUGAAGCCCUUGAGAAGCUCUUGAUUGGCCGCACCUUCCUCGUUGGGCAGCGAAUCACCUUGGCCGAUAUCUUCUUUGCCAACCACUUGGUCCGCCCUUUUGCCACUUUUCUAGAUGCCUCCUGGAGAUCUUGCCACCCGAACAUCCUCCGUCACUUCAACACAAUCGUACACCAACCCAACUUCAUGGCAGUACUUGGUGGUGAGCCUACCUUGACCGAGAAAAAGGUUGAGUUCACUCCCCCCAAGAAAGAAAAGGCCGCUCCUGCUGCCGCUGCUCCUAAAUCUGAAAAGAAGAAGGAAAAGAAAGACGACGAGGAGGAAGAGCCCCUUGUUCCUGCUGAGCCGAAGGCCAAGCACCCCUGCGAGGCUCUCGGCCCCGCCAAGUGCUUUCCCUUUGAUGAGUGGAAGCGACAAUAUUCCAAUGCUGAAUUCCCCGUUGCUAUGAAAUGGCUCGAGGAGAACAUCGACCUUUCUGAAUACACUUUCUGGAAAGUCACCUACAAGUACCACGAAGAGUUGACCCAGGUUUUCAUGUCAGCCAACUUGAUUGGUGGACUGCACAGUCGAUUGGAGGCCUCCCGAAAGUACCUCUUCGGAUCUGCUGGUGUCUACGGCAAAGCCAACGCCUCCAAGAUUCAAGGAGCCUACAUGAUCCGAGGAUCCGACCACAAGGCUGUCUUCGAUGUUGCGCCUGACUGGGAGAGCUACGAAUUCGAGCCCCUCGACUUCAAGAAAGACAUCGACUUCAUCAAAGGAUGUUGGAACUGGGAUAACACUUUCGAUGGGCUCGAGUACGCUGAUGGCAAAGUAUUCAAGUGA